AUGGAAGCUGAAAAGAACAUGAAGAAAAUUGUUUCGAUACAAACGAUUUUACCUAGAAAGAAGAAGAAUAAUAAUGAUGAUAACCGGCUUUUGAUCACUGUGAAUGUGGUUGGGAGUUCUGGGCCAUUAAGACUUGUGGUGAACGAAGAUGAUAAAGUGUCGACUGUUAUGGAUUCGUCGUUGAAGUUGUAUGCUCGUAGUGGGCGCCUUCCAAUUCUUGGAUCAGAUUUCAAGGAUUUUAUGCUUUAUGCAUUGACUGAAGGAUCAGCAUUGAAUCCUAGUGAAGAAAUAGGAUCAUUUCGAGGGAGAAAUUUCGUGUUAUGUCAAAAGAAGAACAAUCAAGUUGAAGCAAGGUCACGGAUAUGA